GUUGACACACACAUGUGCCGUGGUGGAAGGGUGCGUGAUUUGUUGUUGCGGAAAGUGGGCUACAUUUUUGUUCUCCAGGACUCUGAUUUUUAGUGAAGUUUGGCAUUUUAUGGAACAAAGCUACGGAAAUGCCUAAAGCAAAGAAGUCAAAAGGUGGUGGUGGUGGUGGAGGAGCUGGAGAAAUGAUCGGACUGGCUGAACAAAUGCUGCAAUCAGAUAUGGUUCGACCGCAAGGCCGAGUAAAGAACAAGGAUCAGGUAAAGAUUAAAGAGAACGACGACGAGUACGUUGACGAACGUUUGUCGCGGAAAAUCCUGGAACAAGCACGCAUUCAGCAGGAGGAACUUCAAACCGAAUUUGGAUUGACACCCGAGAAGAAGAAGCCAUCCACAGUUUUGGGCCCUAGCACCCAGGAUGGAGACUCGGAUGAAGAAUGGCCAGCUCUUGGAGCUGCAGGAGCCGGUGAGGACGAGAUGGCAGGCGAUGGUGUGGUGGAGGUGGACCCAGAGGAUGAAAAAGCCAUUCAGAUGUUCAUGAGCAAAAAUCCCCCUGUCAGACGGACACUAGCUGACAUCAUCAUGGAGAAGAUCACAGAGAAACAGACAGAGGUGGGAACAGUGAUGUCAGAGUUGUCAGGACGACCCAUGCCACAGCUUGACCCAAGAGUGAUUGAGGUUUACAGAGGUGUAAAUAAGGUUUUAUGCAAGUACCGCAGUGGGAAGCUUCCCAAAGCUUUCAAGAUCAUCCCAGCACUAGCCAACUGGGAACAAAUUCUCUACCUGACAGAACCGGAGUCUUGGACUGCUGCUGCAAUGUAUCAGGCCACCAGGAUAUUUUCCUCUAAUCUGAAAGAACGAAUGGCCCAGCGCUUUUACAACUUGGUGCUAUUGCCUCGAGUACGAGAUGACAUUGCUGAAUAUAAACGACUAAACUUCCACCUCUACAGUGCCCUCAAGAAGGCCCUCUUUAAACCUGGAGCAUGGUUUAAAGGUAUAUUGAUCCCAUUGUGUGAAUCUGGAACCUGCACUUUGAGAGAGGCCAUCAUCAUUGGCAGUAUCGUCACCAAAUGUUCCAUCCCAGUCUUGUACACCAGUGCUGCCAUGCUAAAGCUGGCUGAGAUGGAAUACAAUGGCGCCAACAGCAUCUUCCUGCGCCUGAUGCUGGAUAAGAAGUACGCACUGCCCUUCCGUGUUCUGGACGCCCUGGUGGCCCACUUCCUCUCAUUCCGCAAUGACAAGAGGGAACUUCCUGUAUUGUGGCAUCAGAGCUUGCUCACGCUCGCUCAGCGCUACAAGGCUGACCUGGCCUCCGAGCAGAAGGCAGCACUGCUGGAGCUGCUGAAAGUGAAGACACACCCGCAGAUAACACCUGAGAUCCGGCGAGAGCUCCAAAACUCUGAGUCACGUGACCAAGAGACUGCCAUGCCUGUCAUGGCCAUGGACUGAACAUGUUUGUUCUUGUGUUUUUCUUUCAUCAACCUCUUCCUGUAAUUGAGUUCAACAGUCUGCUUGACUGCAAGUUGGAGAAAUGUGUUGGAGAAUAUGAGUUAUUGUGCAUGGAUAUGUAUGAUUAUACAUUAUCAUAUGCAGGGAGGAACUUCACACUCGCCACUGGUCAAUAUGAAUAGGGUUUGCAUUUUUAAGUGCCUUUCAUUGAGGUCAAAAGAGGACAAUAUGUAGUCAUAUCAGUCAGUUGAAGACCAGUUGCCGUCUGUGUGAAACUGCUUCUGCCUUCUGCCCUGUUACCAAUAAUAGAGUGAAGAAUAAAUGACAACAUGACCCUUUACUCAA